UGGAGAUCACGGCUCUUUCCUCAUCCUGUUGCGAGGAGGUUGUAGUUUCGGCGAUGAGCUCCCAGAAAGGGAACGUAGCCCGUUCCAGGCCUCAGAAGCACCAGAAUACGUUUAGCUUCAAAAAUGACAAGUUUGAUAAGAGUGUUCAGACCAAGAAAAUCAAUGCAAAACUUCAUGAUGGAGUAUGUCAGCACUGUAAAGAAGUUCUUGAAUGGCGUGUGAAAUACAGCAAAUACAAAUUAUUAUCACAGCCUAAAAAAUGUGUUAAAUGUUUACAAAAGACAGUGAAAGAUUCUUACCACAUAAUGUGUAGACCAUGUGCAUCUGAACUUGAAGUUUGUGCAAAAUGUGGAAAGAAAGAAGACAUUGUUAGUCCGUUUAAUAAAGAACCAGAAAAGACAGAAAAUACUGAAAAUAGCAUACACUUCAACCAUAGAAGAAGCCACAGAGCAAAUAAAGAAGAAAGUAAUGAUGAUUUAGAUUUUGAUGCUGAUUUAGAUGACACAGAAAAUGACAAUCAAAUGCAUUAAUGUAUAUAUAUUAAAAGUCAUUAUGUAAAUAUGAAAUUCUGAACAAGUUUUCAUUGAGUGCUUUAUGAAAAAAUAUUCGAAAAUCCUAACAAGUCAGAAAAACCUAUAGAAAAGAGUCACAGUUUAUACAUGAACAAACUUUUUGUGAUAUUUGAAUUAUUACAAAACUUUCACCUGGAGUUUUAUCACAAUAACUUUUAAGUAUUGUGUGUUAUAUUUGCCAAUUGAAUACUCAAGUAUCUUAUUGUAACUCAUGGGAGUCAUUUUAAAGAAUAUACUACCUAACAUCAAACUGAACGAGUUGCAGAAUUAUGGUUGUAUAAGAACUAUCUCAUAUAAAAAUCAGAUGACAUCAUUAUUGGCUAGCCUCAAAAACUACUCAUCAAUGAGUAAAUUUUGAUAGAUUGAUCUCAACUGCCUGCAUGGCAAAAGAGCUUAAGUUUGCUUGUUAUAAAGCAAAACGUUUAUUUUUGUAUAAUAGUGUUUAACUACUGUUGCUGUUUUUCAUUGAAAGUAUUUUUACACAUCCCAUCACAUUUUUUACCUUUUUUUGUCUUGUGAUCCAAAGGUACUGGGAAAAUACAUAAAAUGUAUAUGUAGAGUUUAAUAAAUAGAUUUAAAGGAAAACCAUACAGCUAUCACCCCAAUGAAGAACUACUCCUAAAAAUACAACUUAACUGUGUUUGAUUUCUGAGCUCUUCCCCACCUAAAUCCCCCAUAAAAUUUAUAUCUAAAGCAGUGAAAUGAUAGAAUAAACUUUGUGUCUUCAGCUAAAUUAAGAAGUGCAGAUACUGCUUUUGAACUUUAUAUGAGUCAUCUUAUGCUUUGUUGUUAUUUUGUACUUGUUCUUUAUGUCAAUGUUAUGAAAUCUGAGACUGACCCAUGUCAUUGUAAUACCAUUAAUUUGUUCACUUUAUAAUGUUUUAUUCCAUAAUAUUUACGUAGCAUACUUUUAUACUAAUUUUGAUAUGCACUUGAGUUAUUUCAAUUUUUUUUCUAUUGCAAAUAAUACUCCUGUGAGAGUCAUUCUGUAUACAUGUCUUCUUGGUACAUGUCUUGUUUCUUGGCACACAUUGCAGUAGCAGAGGUCAUUGUGUGUAUGUCUUCAGUUUUACUGUAUGUAUAAUGCCAAAUGUCUUUCUAGAAGUAUUGUUACCUUCCUUCCCUGUAUGUAUUCCCAAAUGUAUUUAUGUUACAUGCUCUGCGUCUUUUCUAGCACUCAGUAUCAUACCUUUUAAUUUCUCUCAGUUUGAUAAGGCUAUAAAUAUCCCUUUGUCUUAUAAAUUUGUGUUUUCCUAAUUACUGAUAAUCCUAGCCUCUUCUUAUGUUUAUUGACUGUUUGGUUUUUCAAUAAUAGAUGAUAAUCGGGAAUCAUUUGAUAAACUUCAGUGAUGUUAUUUAAGAAAAAUAUACUGAAUUAUUGAAGGAAAUAAUGACAAUUUACUUCAAGGUAUCUCAUCAUUUAAAAAAAGUCAAGAAAAGGCCUCUUGAUAGCACAGGGGUUAAAGUCUCAGUGCUAUCAUCAGCUACUGUAGCAUGAGUUCCAUUCCGUGCCAGGAAGCUGUCCCACAGGUUGCAGCAGAUCCUUCCUGUCUCACCCGCUGCUCCCCUGUGCACUUUGUCAGUCUGCCUGUUCUGCUUCCCACUCUGUUUCUGGUGAAACCUCUUACCGCCCCCACCUCCACAUCUCUGUCCUACACCACAGUUUUGUAUGUUACACUACAGUUUUGUGUGCAUAAAUAAAUAAAAAUACAGUCAAGCCAUACAUAACAUUUCAAUGACAUCAAAAAAUUAUGUAGUACUUUAAGAAUUAAUUUUUUUAAUA